AAAAUUAUUUCUUCCCCAAGAAAAGUUGUGGUCAAAUUGAGGUCAUUGCUGGAAGCAAGAAAAGUGGAAUGCCUAGGUAAAUAUCAUCACUUAAUUCAUUCACACUACACUGGACUUAAUUGAAUUAAAAGUGCUGGGGACGCUGCAAGAUGAACUAUCCUAGCCUAGAGGAACUACAGAUCUGAGAGGAUAUAUACUCAUUCAGACCUGUUUACCCUCCAACUCUUAAAAUCGUACAAUAUCAUGACGAAAUCGUUCAAUACAUUAUCUGAAUAGUAAAAAGAUAAACAUUAAAUAUAUAUAAUGUAUACACCUGAAAAUCAUACAUUGUAUGCCAAAAUUGUAAGAGUAAACAGGUCUCCCCCUCGCAGUAACAAAAUAACUUUUUAAUUCUAAAAUAGGUUAUUGUUCUAUUUUAGAGAAUGAUUUCAAACUGUCUUAGUUUUUCAGCUGAAUAAUUUAUAAAAAAAUUAUGGGUCAUUAAAUGUUCUGAAUAUCUCAAAAGCAAUGUAUUCCAAUAAAGUAAACAGUAAACUUUUUAACAAGCUUGUUACACCUAAUUUACAUUGAUUCAAGUUUUAUCAAAAAAAUUUUUUUAAGAAAUGGGAAAUAGUUAAUAAAGUUUACAAAAUUUUUUUUUUGAGAAGACCUGCUUGACAAAAAAUUAUAAUUUUUGGUAUAAUUUUUGGGGAGGGAUGUUAACACAGAUUUUUAUGUUACGGCACUGGUAAUUUUGACAUCUUAUACAAUCUUCAUUGUGCAGGGCAUGUCAGAACAGCGGUUGAAUACCUGUUGUGGGGACCUGCGACAUCAGAACUGCCUCUGUCACCAGUAGGAACUGCUCCCAAGCCAGCCGUGGGAGUGGCCGGCGCUGGAGGAGGGGGUGGGGCCAGCCGUGAGCAGGAGCUCUACGUGUGGCUGGAAAAGGAGAGGGUGUUGACCGUCGGGAGACUGGCGCGCAAUGUGUCAGGACUCGGGGCGGGUCUCAGUCUGGAAGAAUUCUACACACUUAAGUUUCUCCUCAAGUCCAGCGCCGCCUGCCUAGCGGAGAGCUUGAGGCGGCUGGCCCGCUGA